AUGGCUUCGUCAGUGGUUGGCUUCGUGGGCCUUGAGAAAGCCACUACUCCGGUUGACACCAGGAUAGUCACCGCGGUACGAACUAUCCUGGAAUGCCUGGGCGAGGAUCCUACUAGGGACGGCCUUCUCAAGACGCCCCAGCGCUAUGCCAAGGCCUUGAAAUUCUUCACUCAAGGGUACGACUUCAGCCCAGCGGACGUCAUCAAUGAUGCCAUCUUCGACGUUGAGCACAGCGAGCUCGUUCUGGUCAAGGACAUCGAGAUCUCUAGUCUAUGUGAGCACCAUCUCGUGCCGUUUUUGGGCAAGAUCCAUAUUGGGUACAUUCCCCGCGGCCGUGUCAUUGGUCUAUCGAAACUCGCGCGAAUCGCGGAGAUAUACGCCCGUCGACUCCAGGUCCAGGAGCGUCUUACGCAGCAGGUUGCAAAGGCUGUUGAUGAAGUGUUGAAACCGCUAGGUGUGGCGGUGGUGGUUGAAUGCGCACAUAUGUGCAUGGCGAUGCGGGGGGUGCAGAAGCCGGGUGCAAUGACUGUGACGCAGUGCAAGAUGGGCGUCUUCAAAGACGAUGCGAGGCUCGAUGAAAGAUUUCAUGUCCUACUAGAUAUGGGUAGGCAGUGA